AUGCCACAACUAGAGACGUCAACUUGAUCAAUCACUAUCAUGUCAAUAGUCAUCACACUAUUUAUUAUAUUUCAACUAAAAAUCUCAAAAUACACAUACCCAUGAAGCCCAGAACUCAAAUCUUCUGCGACUCUAAAACAGCCCAGCCCCUGAGAAAAAAAAUGAACGAAAAUCUAUUCUCCUCUUUCACUACCCCAACAAUAA